GACAGAUGUUUGUUGAGGGCAAGCCGUCUCAUUCAAUGCCGAGUACCGGAGGAAGACGGCGCGUUUGGACUGUUCACCGGCAGAGGAGAGCUUCGCUGACUGAAACAUGUCGGGCGAAAAGGCGACGAGUCCGUGUAACAAAUUUCAAGCCAACAUUUUUAAUAAAAGUAAAUGCCAGAACUGCUUCAAGUCCCGCGAACUGCAUCUGUUGAACGACCAUGACAUGGAGCAGGCAAAGCCCAUCUAUGGAGGCUGGCUGUGUUUGGCUCCUGAGGGGACAGACUUUGACAACCCGAUGCAGAGGUCAAGGAAAUGGCAGCGGCGCUUCUUUAUCCUGUAUGAACACGGCAGCCUGAGCUUUGCCCUGGAUGAACUGCCGAGCACGUUGCCACAGGGGACGGUGAACAUGAAUCUGUGCACAGAGAUCACUGAUGCAGAGCCCAGGACGGGCCAGAGAAACGCACUCUGCAUCGUCACGCCGGAGCGGGAAAUAUUCAUCCGUGGCGACAACAAAGAGAUCAUCAACGGGUGGAGUGAACAGCUUGCCGUCUAUCUGCAGACUAACAGGCAGAAUCAGAAGAAAAAACGGAAAGUGGAACCCGUUGCCACUCAGGAACCAAGUCCAGCAAAGAUGGCUGCAACUGAUCCAAGUUUUUCUGAGAUCGCUGCAGAAUCCGGCCGGUGGCAGGAAGACCAGCGGGGCAGGGGACCGGGUGUAAGCCCCAUGUGGACCGUGACAGACAUGGAUCCCCCAGGCCUGGACAAGACCCCUGCAGGCAACACAUCUGCCUACCUGUGCCCAGUGUCCACGGACUCUCCGAGCUUGGAUGUUAGUGUUGUUACUCCAGUUGGAUCUUUGGACUUGGUGGCUGGUGGGAACAGUAACAGCAUCCAAACAUCAGUGAACAACAAGAACCAGAGCCAGGACAUAAAGUCAGAAAGGAAUCAGGGCUCAACAGAGCGGCUGCUGGGAUUGCAGGCGGCCGAGAAAGAGCAGGAAGUGGGGACGGCCGUUUCCAGGAAGGGCAGGAGUGAAGCUCGCAUCAACAAACGAGAGAAACUUCAGUCAUGUGGAGACAUAGCCCGACUGACUGCUCCCCCACCCCAGAGACGAUCCCGGUCUCUGGACCGUAGGACGUCGGACACCGUCAUGACGCCAGAUUUAUUAAACUUCAAAAAAGGCUGGAUGGUCAAACUGGAUGAAAAUGGACAGUGGAAGAAGUUUUGGUUUGUGCUGUCGACUGACAGUCUGAGGUACUACAAGGACUCAAUAGCUGAAGAGGCUUCAGACCGUGAAGGAGAAAUCGACCUAACAAAGUGUUUUAAUGUGUCUGAGUAUGAGGUGCAGAGGAACUACGGCUUUCAGAUCCACACCCCAAAGGGCGUCUACACAUUGUCAGCCAUGACUUCUGGGAUACGAAAGAACUGGAUCCAGGCGCUGAUGAAAAACGUACAUCCAGCUAACGCCCCCGAUGUGGCCAGUUUACCUGGCCACCGCGGCCCCUGCAGCCCACCUGAAGGCCUCCUCAAACCAGAUGUGACUCAGGACUCUCCCUCCGCUGACGUCUCAGCAGACAGAGAGCCUCACCCCAAACACAGGACUGUGAUGGAGCGACGGCGGGAAGGACGCUACAAAACUUUCGACUGGGCUGACUUCAGGCCUCGGAACAGGCCGGACUCAGAGUCUGAGAGGACUAAAGCUCUGUCCUCGCUGGAGAUGGGUGACCUGGAGAGGAGGAAGAGGCGGGAGGAGAGGAGGAGGAGGUACGAGAGCAUGCUGGGCAUCUCUCUGGGUUGGGAGGUGACUGGAGAUAAAACAUCAGAGGGCAGCGUGAGAGCACUGAGUCCAACAUCACAGCAGAGAGUGGAGGAAGAGAUAGAAGAGUGUUGGACGCUGGUGGAGAAGACGGUUUUCAGACAGGACAGGACCGUCCCGCUGUGUACUGAAGACAAAGACUGUGUGCAGAUGGAGAGGCUGCUGGACAGCUACAGGAAGGCGGUGGAGGAUCUGAAGGCCCAGCUGGCAGAGUCGGAGCACCGCAGACUGGAGCUGGAGGCUCAGCUGACUUCUGCAGGAUUUUAUCAGCAGCAGCCGGACCCCCCACUAAGCUCUGAAGCAGUUUUUUGCCAGUCGGACACAAAUGAAAAGCCAUCACAGACCCUGAGGGACACAUGUGAAGAAACCAGAGAGCUGGUACGACAGCAGGACGUUAUCAGACUGAGCAUGCAGGAGCCCACACCCAGCAUCUGGCUGCAUGAUACAGAGGGAAACUUACAAGAAGCGGCAGAUUUACUUCCCGAGACAGUCGCCACACCUUUAUUAUCACCUGCCUCAGACAGCCAAGACUUACGUUCUCAGGGUGAUGAAGAAACCAACCAGCUGAAUGGAGGAGACUGUCAGGAGGUUCCCAGCUCAGAAACUCAAAUAAAUGACAGCGGCUAUACCUCACUAAUCCUGGAGAAGCCUGCAGAGAGAGACGACGACUCCCUAAACUGCUGUGUGGAGCAACAUAUCCCUCCUGACCAGGCGGUGGUGAGGAAGCUUUCUCAACAGGUGGAGCUGCUCACGAGCCAGAAUGAGGCUCUCAACCAGCUCAACCAGGAGAUGCUAAACCAACUGACAGAGGCAGACCGCGAGAUAGAGAGGCUGAAGGUGGAGCUCAGCAGCAGGUACGAUGAACCCCAUCACCUCCCCGAGGUGGAACAGCUGGGACAAGCAGGAGUGAAAGAUCUGGAGAGGGAGCUGUGCCUGAGAAACCAGCAGCUCCUGGAGGCUCAGACCUUCAUCACUUCCCUGGAGGAGAAUCUGAGGGAAACGGAGGCGCUGCUGCAGCUGAACGUUUUGACAGAAACAGAAGGAACAGGACAGGAGAAGGUAGAGUGUGCAGAGAAAGCCGAGGGAUAUCUGCUUCGAUGUUUGGAGGCCUCUGAGGCCAAGCUGAUGGAGCUGGAGAGGCAGCUCAACCAGUCAGAGGUGACCUGCAGGGAGCUCCAGACGCAAAACGAGGAGCUGAAGGAGGCUGAGAAACUUUACUGGCAAACAGCAGCAGAGGCGGAGGCUGACGCCAGGAGGUUGAAUCAGGAGUUGGAGAAGGAGAGGUUGAAAGGGAACAGAUGUGUUUCUGGUGAAGAAAGGAUGCAGAAAGUGACAGAAGUGAUACUCGUGAGGUUGAACGCUUUGGAGAAAUUACUGGAGGUGAUCGACAAGUUGGACGUUGGUUUGAGGAAGGGGGAGGGUGAGGAGAAGAAGCCCACAGUGGUGAGCCAGCUGGAGUGGGAGGAAGAGUUUUGGAGUUCACUGCUCGACAAACUGAGUCCCUCCCAGCUCAAUGAGGAGGAACCUGUGGAAGUGCUUCUUACUGAGGCGACAGAACAAAUGAUAGUGGAGAAACAAAUGCUGCUGUUAGGACACAGUCUACUUUCUGAGACGGAUGAAGGGACGGACGCUUUGAAAGAUCGGCAUGUUAUUUGGAAUACUGCAAGUGCAACAGUGACAGAAACCAAGAAGACACAUGAAAGCAGGAUAUUUGAUUAUGAUAAUCAGCUCUGUGAGAUAAAACAGUUCAGAGUCAUCACACAGAUGAAAAUGUCUUUGCUGAACCACCUGGCCUCCUCUGUCAGCAGCUCUGCACAGGACAAACUCCAGAUGAUUGCUGACAGGCUGUCCGACGUCGGCCUUUUGGAGCAUCCCUGGUCUGGUUUCAUUCACUCCGCAGCUACUGAAGCGUUGUACUGCUGUCAUUUAAGUCGACUUCGGUCACAAUACGAGAGGGAGCUCGAGGAAGCCAAACAGGAACUGCUCGCUUCUCCUUUCAUCUGCAGCAAGUGUGUCGACUUGGAGGAGGAAAACCGGGAGCUCAGAGCGAAACUGUCAGACCUCGAAGAGUCGUCACUGGGUGAUAAGAUGAGCACAUCGUGUCAGACUGAAGAGAUUUACCCGCAAGACACAGAUACCGAGGUACAGGUAGCAGAUGAAAGUCUCGCAGAUAAAACCAUGCAAGAAAAUGUCGAAAAGACACCUGAAACACCAGAAGAAGAGACGAAUGAGUCUCUUGAGCUCGACUGCAUGGAAAUCCCACUGUUAUGUGUUGAGGGUCAGCCGGGAGAAGAAAACACGGAGGAAAGUGAUGCAUCGCACGAGGAAACAGAACCCAGCUUUAAGACGGAGCAAGUUUUACUGCUGAGGAGGAGAGUGGAGGAGCUGGAGGAGCAGCUGACGGCCGUGGAGGAGGUGAUGAAAGAAGAGUUUGAAGGGAAAAUGAGUUUCGUUCGGAUGCAUCACGAGAAGGAGAUGGAAAAGCUGAAGGUGACGUGCGAGCGCGGCUUUGCCUCCAUGGAGGAGUCUCACGUGAAGGUCGUGGAGGAGCUGCAGCGUCGACACCAACAGGAAGUGGAGCGCCUCCUGGUGGAGAGGGACCGGCUGCUGGAGGAGGAGAGCGCUGCGACCGCGACUGCAAUCGAAGCCAUCGAGAACGCUCACCGGCUGGAGCUGGAGAGGGAGGUGCAGAGGAGAUGUCAGUCUGAGAACAGGACAGGAAACGCACACCUGGAGGACGUUUACAGACAGCACACCGAGGAGCUGACCUCCUUCCAGCGGGAGCUCCAGGUUCUGUCUCAGCAGUUCACUCUGAAGUGUCUGGAGAACGGCCAUCUUGUGCAGGCUCUGGAUGCUGAGAGGAAGGCCUUGUGCCAGUGCCAGCAGGAAAACCAAGACCUGAGGACCAGAAACCAGGAGCUGAGCGGUCACCUGGCAGCAGAGAUCACCAGACUUUGCUCUCUGGCGAAGCAGGACGAGUUGCCGCUCAGUCAGGGGAUGGACGUGUAUGAAAUGGAGAUUACCCUGCGAGUGAAGGAGUCUGAGGUGCAGUGUCUGAAGCAGGAGAUCACGUCUCUGAAGGACGAACUGCACUCGGCGCAAAGGGACAAGAGGACGGCCACGAAGAAGUACAAGGACAUGCACACUGAGCUGAGCGUCAUGAGGGCCAAAGCAGAGAGAGAAAUGGACGAACUGAGAGAAAACCUGAGGCUGGCUCAUCGCGCUCUGGACCACACGUCACCCUGAAAAUGAUUUGAAAUAUUUCAUUUGAUUUCACCAUAACUUUAAAGUUUUCUCCUUUUAGUUUCGCCCACAAAGAAUGUAUUCAAAAUGAAUUUUCCCUCCAUAACCUCUUUUGUUUUAUUUACUAAAUCCAGACACUUUUACCCACAAUCCACUUCACACUCCUUUUUCAUUUCUGGUUUACGUUUAUGUCUAUUGUGUUCUAAGUUUGGAUCAGUUUAUAUUCACCUUUUAACACUGAAUUUGUGAUUAACAUUAACUUCUGAAAUGAUCCUGUGAAACUGCAAGUUUUUCAAUAUUUAUAUUUA